AUCCUGGCGUCCUUUCUGCCUUGCUUACUGUUCACAAGGAUUUAACGGACGGAGGGGGAAUGCCACUUAAGUUUGAAUUCGCGCCAUUGCCUCGUCACUCCGACCACCGAUCCAGUCUGCUCAGCCCUUUCUUUACUUUACGAAACUGAAACUGGCAGUUAAUGUAUGGAGCAAGAAAAAAAUUUAUACUUACAAAUAAUCAAUUUGAUCUCCGGGAAUCAAGUUUGUCCAUUCCCAGAAAGAAACCUGAGAAGGGUAGUAGCAGACCAUGGUUGGCAACACUCUCAGGUCACGGAACACGUUCCGAACUUUGCGACAAGGCGCUGACUCCCGCGCAUAGUCACAGUCCCGUUGUUUUGGUUAGUAGACGGCGCGAAGAAAGACAAUGCGGUUUCUGUUUUUGUUCUAGGCUCGAAGAUUUGUUCGGCAGAAAGGUUGUUAUUGUUUGUUGGGGGUAGAGAGAACGCCGCACGCCAUGGCUGCGGCAAAACCAGUCCAAAUUACUGUACCAAAGAAUAUUAGUAUUGUGCGAGGUAUCAUGACCCCGCCCAAAUCUGCACCGUCUUCGGACCGUAAAAGGAAAUUUAAAACCCUCGUGAGCCCUGUUGGGGCAAAGGCAGGAGGUUUCUCUUUAUUUAGUCCCCCUUCAUCUCCUAGCAAAAUCUUGAAAUCUCCUACAAGUUCUUCACCUUCAAGGAAGAAACCAAAUUUAACCAUACAGCAAGGAGCAAACCAAAACAAUAAAAUUUUUAGAUAUCUUCAACCAAAGCGAUUGCUACCUGCUUUUGAUAGUCAAAGUGAACCUGUUCCAGUUAUUUGUAAUAAUAACAACAAUAUUGAAGACAAGGAAAAUGCAUCACUUGAGCUGAAGGUUUCGUUAGUGAGGCUUGAUGAUAAUGUGCUGGCAAAAGAACACAACUACUGUAUUGCUCAUAGAAGCCCUAAGAAGUUUUGCUGCAAUGCCGCCUCAGAAUAUGUUACACAAGCUCUUGAAAAAAUUGUCAUUAAUGAUACUCUAGACCCUUGCAAGCGAUUAGGUAUUGCUGUGCCACCUUGUGUCCUCACCCAAAGCUGCUGUCAUGAUAAAUUGCAGGCAGCAGAUUCAUCUUCAUCUCAUCUAGACAACCUGCUUUUCACUAUGAUAGAUGCAGACCUUGAGGUUGCCAUGAUUCGAGCAUGUUACCGACAUUUAUCUGCCAAAGUAUAUCCAUCACCAACAGUAAUUCAUUCUGUUUUCAAGAUUAUGAAAGAGAUACCAACCAAAGAAGUUGUUUGUCUGGGAAAGAGUUAUCUGAAGAGAGUGCUUCAUUUGUUCCCUCCCUGUUCCCCUCAUUUGAGGAAACACUAUUUGAGUGUUCUUCACUCUGGUGAUACCAAACUUGCACACCAAUCAUGGUCUGCAAGAUCGACAGAUUUCUUUCAAGAGGGAUUGAAUGAAGUUGAAUCUCUCGUUGAGUCAUUAUUAAAUCCAGAACAACUCAAACAAAAGAAUAACAUCCCUGGCAUACGAAGAAUUGUGAAACCUCGUAGGUACAGGGAUUCACCUUCCCCUGUGAAGAGAUCAACCCGCAGACAAUCUAGUAUGCAAGAUGAUGAAGCUUCCUCUAAUUCUUCUUCUGAUGAUACAGAAAGGAUUAAGAGGGAGAUGCAAAACUACUCCUCUGUAAUUGUAAAGAAGAAGCAGGCACGAAUUGAAUUACUGAAUUCCAUGUCUAAUGAAGAGAAAAUUGAUCAUGUUUUUUCAAGGUUUGAAAUUUUAUUGGACAUAUUGGAGAUGGAUUUGAUACUUUGGCUUUCAAGGAAUGCUGACCACACCAAAAUAAGUGACCGUGAAAUCUGCCCUUUGGUCAUCCUAGCCCUAUGGAGACCUGAAUCUGACACUGGCUUUGAUUCUAUCAACUGUCGCAGGAUAUUUUCUAUGUAUGCGAGUAGUUGGGUUGUCAAACUCCGUCCUGAUCACCUUAAGACUCUAGCGAGACUUAUUGGAUUGAUAGCUGAAGUAACAUCAGCUAGUGAGCCAAACUCCAGCAAUGCCCACCCAUACACUGGAGACUGCUGUGCCAAUCUGUCCCGAAAGCUCAGUGAUGCGCUCAAAAAUUCAGACCUCUCUGAAGUGAGAGACAAAGCUGUGAAAAUGCUCAAGCCUAAUUGGCUGCAGAUGCAGGUGUCUGCAAAUUUAUUGGGAAUCUCUCCAUCCCUCACCUCUGUGAUUUAUGUUUAGUUUAGUUUAGUUGGGCAACUUAUUGCUGUCUGUUGGUGUACAGUUCCAAGUUUGCUUUGUUAUAGAGUAAAGUUAGUUGUAAAACACAUGGGACAUACUCCAAUCUGGAACUGAGGCUUGAAGAGCGUCUAUAUGUUAUCCAUGAUGGAAGGCAUCUCUACGUCACGAUGAGAACUGACAACAUUCUUAAUUAAUGUUUAAUUUUAUUCUAGUUUUGUCAAGAUUAUGUUCUUAGUAACUUGUUGCCUGAUUUUAUCAUAUAUUUUGAAUUACUUUAUUCCUUAAUGGAAUAAUGAAUUAUUUCACAUUCUAAAGAAGUAUUUUAUGGUAUAUUUUGUUUUUGCUUUUAAUGAAUAUUAUACUUCUGACAUUUGCAUUACAGUAGGGCUCCUGUAAUUGUACUGUUGGCUCUACAUUUGAUUCAGUGAAUAAAACAUUGGUACCUGUCCUCACAUCUA